AUGAAAGCACUGGAGGAUAAUUAUAAAUCACAGAUAAAAAGAGUAAAAGAUGAGAUGAAAGCUAUUUCUCAAAACCACGAUGGCGUAAUGAAGGCGAUUCAUCAAUUCAGAAAAGAAAUCAGCACGCUACUGGACGAAAUGGAAAAACGUGUUGUUGAAGAAGCCGACAGCAUGUUUCGUAAACAACAAACGGAUCUAAAUAGUUUAUCAACAGAUGUUCAAGAAAUCACAGAUGAACUGACUGAGAAACAAAAAUGCUUAGAUAAUCUUAUACAAAGAAAUUGCCUUGAUAAACUGUUUGUUGAAAUAAAAGAAACAAAGAAACGAGUUGAAGAAAUGAGGCUAAAGCAAAAACAAUAUACUCGUGAAGAUGUUUUCCAGACGGUAUCAUUUGUCAAAAACAGUGAUAUAAUCGAUAUGUUAAAUAAUAACAAGCAGCUGGGAGAACUUAUUACAAUGAAAACAUCCAUGGGUGAAAAUGUUCCAGUGAUGAAACCUACAUCAACACCGUUUCAGGAUAUGAUGCUAAAUCUUGAGGUUGUUGAAGAUAUAAAUUUGAAUUCGUUAUCGGGAAACACAGAAUGUAAUAUAACCGGGAUAGAAGUUAUCAAGUCCGACAAGAUAGUUAUGUGUGAUCACAGCGACAAUAAAAAUGUAAAAUGCUAUGAUAUAGUUCAGAAAAAAAUUGUUUCAGAGAUAAAACUAGAUAAUUCACCGUUUGAUGUUGCAGCUUUAAUGGAUGAUAAGUUUGUCGUUACUGUACCUGUUGACAGAAGCAUUCAUUUUAUGUCGCUAAGAAAUCAACGCAUAGUUUUUGAUUGUAAGGUAAAUAUCAACGAGCUCUGUUAUGGUAUUGCUUACAGCAGAGAUAAACUUGUUGUGUCAUGCAAUGUUAAUCCAGGAAAAGUUUUAGUUUUUGACCUACAAGGUAAAAUAUUUCAAAGUUUUUGUGGAGAUAAUAUUCUGUUCAGCUAUCCUCGUUAUGUCACCGUUAAUACAGCAAGAACGUAUAUAUAUGUUAGUGACUGGUGUUAUCCUGUGAAGGUUGUAAAACAACUAGACUGGCAAGGGAACGUUAUAAAUACAUACCAACCAGCACAGGCAGGAAAAUAUCUACGAGGUAUUUGUGAAUUAAAUGAUGGCACAUUUCUUGUGUGUAUGAAUCAAGAUAAUCAAAACAAUUUGCGGAGAUUAUCGGACAGCUGUAAGCCGUGUAAGUUAAUUAUAAAUGGAAAACUUGGUAGAUGGUACCCGGAAGCUGUAGCAUACUGUAAGAAAUCGAGAAAACUUUAUGUGUCUUAUUCUGAAAGAGGUCUUUAUGGCACAAACUGUCGAAUAAAAAUGGUCAAAGUUGACUGGUGUUAAUUUACAUCAUGAUGAAAAUUAUACAGUAAGUUUGAACUUAUACAUGUUUCAAUGUAACAGUUUAAAAGACAUUAUAUUGUUCAAAAUGAUGUUUAUAUGAUAAUGACUUUUGAAAUUGUAUUCUGUCAAUAUUUUGUUUCAAUGACAUCAAUAGUUAUAUAGUUGUUUUAGGAAUGAAUUCAAUACAUACCAAAUUUUAAAUAAAAUGUUAAAGCAUCACG